AUGAGCUUCCUCUCGCGGCUGGUCACGCUAUUCGGCCUGGUCCUCCUGGCCCACGCAGGCUACUCCGCUCACGAGCACACCGUCCUGCACAGCAACGCGCGCAUCUCCGCUUCCACGGUCAUUCCGCAAGACAUCGUCGUCGAAACCCUCGUGGCUGUACUGACCGUGUCGAUCGGGCUGGUGCUGGGUGCGGAGAAGUUGAAGCCGAUCAGCUGGCGUGACUGGGCGGGCCAGAUCGAGCGGGAGGGCGGGACACGCAAUCCCUAUCUGGCUCUGGAGGAGAGGUAUGGAUUCUGGGAUAUCAGGGCGAAGCGGAAGGAAUUUGCGGAUUGGGUCCGAGGGCAGGAUGAGUUGACCAAGGAGUAA